UAUACGGGAUUGCGUUCCGUUAUAAAUAGUAACCAGUAUAACUAACUUUAACGGAACGGCUUCACAGUUCACAGUAUACUAAAUUGACGUCAGCUGUAUAGUGGUCGCAGUGCAUAUCGUAACAUACCUACCCUAAGUUUACUAAUACUAACUAUUCGAUUUUUUUGCCCUGGUUAAACCUGUGAUCGAGUAUAUUGAAAAAUAUUGUGUUUUCAGUUUUGGUUUGAGAUGAUGGUUAUGUUACCUGCUCAUAUAUAAAUAAAACUACAACCUACUCACAGAGUUCUUUUUAAUUUUUAUUAAUUACCUACCAUCAAUAAACUAAAUGCAAAAUAUGUAUGAAAUGAAAAAUACAGAUCAACAAAUAUGUAGAUGUUGUAUGGUAAAUAGAGGUAUUAUUUCAUUGACCGAUAAAUACAAAUUUGAUACGAAAAUAGAAGUUUUAAAUGAUAUAUUGAACGAGUAUUUUAAAGUAUCUCUUAUAGAAGUCGAAGGCUGUUUAGUUUGUAACGAAUGUGCCUCAUUUCUUCAUAGCGUAAAGAAAUUCCAUACACAGGUCACCCAGUGCGAAGAACAGUAUAAGCUGCUCCGGUUUAAAUGUAAUGAUGCCACUCAGAACUCCAACAGUCCAGACCCGUUCAGGGCUUCACCAGGAUUACAGAUUCCUAGUGAUUAUGACUCGGAUUCACCGUUAGCGUUAUUAAUAGACAAAAAAGUAGUCUUGGCGAAUACAAAAGAAAAGUGUCUCAAGUCUAAAGAUGCCAAAAGAAAGAUCAAAACUUUAAAACAAGUAUCAGAAAGGAAACAAAUAAUUUUGACAAGUGCAGCUGUUUUGCAACAGACCACAGCGUGUCCGUUCCGACAUCACAAAAGUUGGUUCCAAUGUUUCUUCUGCCAAAAAGACUUUAUAGAGAUAAAACUCCUUAGAGAACAUACAUCGGCUGUACACAAGGACUUGGAUAUUGAGCUGAAAAAUCUAAAACGCUACCCCCGUUCCCUACAAAUAGAAAUAACUAAUCUACAAUGCCGGAAGUGUCAGUUGACUUUGAACGAUGUCAAUGUCAUGAAGUGUCAUUUCAGUGAGGUUCAUGAUACUGUUAUAUUCACCGAAUGUAUUGCGGAUUAUAAAAUAAACAAUCCACCUUUUACGUGCCAUUUAUGUAAUCAAGAAUUUCAUGUGUUCAGAAGUUUGACUACACAUUUAAACGAUCACUACGCGAACUGCGUCUGUGACGUUUGUGGAAAAUCAUUCAUGAAUUCAAAACGGUUGAAAGCACACAAAUUGACUCAUGAAACUGGCAUAUAUCCUUGUAAAGAGUGCGGGAAAAUUCUUAAAACGAAAACUUCAAAAGCGAAUCACAUAGAAAUGCAUUCUAAAAGAAAAUUGAAGUGCAAUAUUUGCGAUAAACCUAUGAAGAAUUAUUAUGACAGAGUUAAACAUAUGUCUGUCAUUCAUAAUGUCACUUAUACAUUCAAAUGCCCUUAUUGUGCAAGGGUGUACAAUAUAAAGCAUUAUUUGGCAACACAUAUACGCCAAACUCACGGUCAUAAGAAUAAAAAAUGUAACGAGUGUAGUAUGGCGUUUAUUACUAAUAAUGGUUUGAAAAAGCAUAUGUUGGUACAUUCCGGGGAACGUCCAUUUACAUGCAGUAUUUGUAAUAAGUCUUAUACUCGAAGCUAUCUAUUGCGGGAUCAUAUAAAAGAACAUGCUUCUGAAAAAUCAUAAAAAAUAAAUGUGUAAAAUUUUAA